AUGUGCUACCUUAAUAAAAGCUUGAGUAAAAGUAUCAAUUCAAUUGUUCUUCAUUUUGAAUUUGUAAAAUGUAAAAAUUUGUCUAAUUACACAAAAAAAGGAAAAUAUUAUUUAAUCAUUUCUUAUGAUCAGUUAAUAUUUUAUGAAAAAGAUUUUUAUCAAAUACAAUUCAAAAUAUUUUUUUGUGAUAUUUUCCAAAUAUACCAAUGUGACUCAUCGAAUUAUAUACACAUCACCCUAAAGGGCCAAGCGUCGAUCAACGACAUAGGAAUAAAGGGGAUAAAUAAAAAUGUCUUGAUAAAACAUUUAUGUGUUGGCUAUAGCACAUAUUAUAUGUUUCAUUUGAAUAAGAAUGUAUAUAUGCCAAUUAUAAUUGAAACUUAUGAAGAAAGAUGCAAAAGGACAAAUAAAUUCCAAGAAAUAAAAAAGCCAGAUUUAUCUAUACAACCAUUUAUAGGAUAUAAGAAGGCGUUCUGUGAUGACUACUUUUUUUUUAUUCACAAAUCUUUUCAAAACUUUACAUCUCCAUCUAGUGAAAGAACCCUCUACAUUGAUUACCGAGGUAUCGAAAUAUGUGUCCGAAUCAACGACCAGAAAACAAUGAUCGAUUUAGAUCAGGCCCCUGAUAGUAGUUUUUACCAACUAGCUCGAAGUUAUCUUAAUCAUCUAACGAGUUCCGAAAAAUCUCAUCAUGUUUUGAAGAAAAACUUUUAUUACAAAAAGAUGAACUUGUCUGAUGACAUAGCUAAAUGGUCUGGAUAUGAGAUAUUUUUGAAAACCGAAACGCACACUAUUGUAUCUAUAAUAUUUCGACGAUCAUUUAUUCCCCCCCUCUUGGACAAGAGACAAGACAUUUACAUCACCUUUAAAAUAUCUUACCAGAGCCAAAAAGAUUAUAAUGUAACUGACAAAAUUUUAUAUGACGAGCUGUAUAUGGUUGCUAAUUCGAUGACACCAAAUGAUACCCACAGUAUUUAUUAUGUGAAUUUGAUUCAAGCCCAAGUGAAUUCCCUUAUAUACAAUGCCGAGAUUUAUCACCAUAUUGAAACACAAAUUAAAAUAAAGCCGAUUUAUUUCGAGUAUAUAAAAAUGUUUUUAAAAUAUAUGCUGGUAACUCUAAAGGAAGGCGAUGUCUACAUCAGCUCAGAUAUAAUGGACUUUUUGGAGGAUGAAAUAAAAGUGGAAAGAGAUUUUAGCUACCUCUUAAAUUUAAUACUAAAUCAAAUUCCAGGCAUUAAUUUAAUGGAUACACACAUAAGUGAAAAAAAAAAAAUAAACCGAAUAUUGCACCGUUUGUCAGAUUAUAUUAUUUAUUGUUUGGAUACUGGAUUUAUAUCGCACAAAUACAACAUCACAGACUUUAUAAAUGGUGCAUUAAAAAUAAGCCAGGAGAGAAGAGAAGAUGCUAACUAUAUCUUAAACUUUUUUUUGCAUUUAAGAGAAACAGAUUAUGGGAAGGAUUAUGAAAAGGAGUGUUUAAAAAUGUUGGAAAUUGAAAAAGAUGGUGAUAUGAAAAUUAAUAAAUUAUUAAACAGUAGAAAAUAUACAGUAAAUGAUUUUUUUUUAUUUUAUUUACACCAAUCUGGAUAUAUUAAUAAAUAUUAUAAAUAUAAGAAUGACAAUGAUUAUAAAAAAAUAGUUUCUUAUAUAUUAAAAUAUGGAGUAGAUUUAAAAAUCAAAAAAAGUAUAUGUAAAAAUUUAUUAAUAUUUUCAAAUGAUUAUAAAAAUAAAUAUAAUCCUUUAGUUAAUUCUAUUGUAACAUUUUUAUAUCAGAAUUCCGAUCGACAAAAUUUUUGUUUAUUUAUUUUAAGUACAUUAAUAAAUAUUACAAAUAAUAAUGAAGAAAUAAAACACCAAUUAAUAAAAUUAAACAUAAGUAAAGUUGCCAAUUUUUUUAUUUUGUCUAAAGAUUAUGAGCUUGUACAUAAAAUUAUUUUAUUAUAUAUCAAUUUAAGUAAAGAAGAAUAUAUGUGUGAUGAUAUGAUUAAUAAUGGAUUAUUCAUCAACUUUUUAGACAUAUUAUUUGAUUUAUAUUCUAUAAAUUUAAAAAUAAAAAAAGAAAUAUGUAUAAAUAUAUUAUGUAUAAUUGGACAAGUUCUUAAUUUCAAAAAAUAUGGGAUUUUUUUAUUAAAUAAUUAUAUAGGCUUAAUUGAAGUUGCUAUAUAUAUAUAUCAAACAACAGAUUUUGUUUCUUUCAAUAAAAUUAAAAUUAUUUAUUUUUUUAAACAGAUUGCACAAUAUAAUUAUAUUAUUAAAAGCCAAAUUUGUAAUUAUAUUAUCCCAUUAGUUAUUAAAGAAAUAUAUUUAUUUUCAAAUAAAGAUUUUAUUUAUUCUGUCUUAAAUUUAUUAAACACUAUUUGUGACUACAAAAUAAACUGCUUGUCCCUUACUCAUAUGCAAAUUUUCGAUUUUAUCGGUUUCAUUAAAUCAUUAAGUGUUUUAGAUUUAUAUAAAAAGGCUAUUGCGAUCGAGCAAAAAAUACAAAAGAAUCUAGACGUUGUGUCGUGA